UACUGACAGAGAGAAGCUUAAUUUCUGACACUACCCUGAGUUUGAUUGCAGUCCAGAUGCUCCGUCAUUUACUCGUCUAAUUCACAAAGCUGGAAUGAAUCGCAAAACUAUCAUAAUCGGUACAGUGGUUGUAGUUGUUGUUGUGAUCGUUAUAGCCGUACCAUGCGCCUUGUUGUUAGGAAAGAAAGACGAAGAUGAAACGCCCAAAGCGAAGAGCUACACGGAACGCGCCGAGCAAAUAUUGAACGAAACACCGCUAGUUGAUGGACAUAACGAUAUUCCAUGGCAGCUAAGGAAGAACUACAUGAAUAGAAUGGCAAACGUGACUUUAGACAAGAACAACCCAGACCUCCACACUGAUAUACCCAGGCUCAGAGAGGGUGGUGUUGGAGCUCAGUUCUGGUCAGCAUACGUAUCUUGUUCCAAUCAGUACAAGAACUCGGUUCGCUUGUUCCUCGAGCAGAUUGACGUCAUCCUCCGCAUGGUUGAGAAGUACCCGGAUGAUUUUACGUUCGUAACAACUGCCAAGGGAAUAAAAGAUGCACACAAGAACGGAAAGAUUGCCUCCAUGAUUGGCAUAGAGGGGGGUCACGCUAUUGACAGUAGCUUAGAUAGCCUCCGAAUGAUGUACGAGCUGGGAGGGCGGUACAUGACGCUGACCCAUAGCUGUCAUACACCUUGGGCCGAUUCCUGUACACCCAAAAACCCAGAACAUAAUGGCCUGACGGAGUUUGGAAAAAUCCUGAUCAAGGAGAUGAAUCGUAUUGGAAUGUUUGUUGACAUGUCACAUAUCUCCCAUAAGACAAUGAACGAUGUUCUGGAUGUCACCAAAGCGCCAGUAAUUUUCAGUCAUUCCUCUGCCUACGCACUGUGUAACCACACCAGGAACGUUCCCGAUGAUGUCUUGAAGAGAAUGCCCAAGAAUGGUGGAGUAGUUAUGGUGAACUUUUACAAUGAUUACCUGACGUGCAGUCCGGAGGCAAAACUGAGUGAUGUGGCAGAUCAUAUUGAUUACAUCAAGAAGGUCGCUGGCAUUGACCAUGUAGGACUUGGUAGUGAUUAUGAUGGCGUACCAAGAGUUCCUGUUGGACUGGAAGAUGUCUCGACUUAUCCAAAACUAGUAGAAGAGCUGCUUCGACGAGGAUACAGUGACGAGGAGGCGAGUAAAGUGGUGGGAAAAAACCUGAUUACUGCAAUGGAAAAAAUGGAACAGGUUGCUGCUGAUAUGAAGAAUGUCAAGCCCUUUGAUAACUACAUAUAUGUAAACAAAACCUGUCGGCCACCCGUUGAUGGCUUUUGAUUUUUCCACGGGACAACCCUUGCAGGGAGCGAGCAAGUUGCUUCCUGGAACUGCCUUUAUUUUCAUAUAGAUUUAUGUAACUAGACAUUAUAUUAAUCUGAUUUUGAAUGCGGAGUCAGUUGAAAUUGGUUAGACUUUCUGUAUAUUACCUGUAGUUUUCCUGUUCACAUGUAAACAUUCAUCAAAAGGCGAUAACAGAAUCUGCUCUGGUCUUGACAAAGUUUCAUUAAAACGCGUUAUAAUGAUCCAUUUGAAAGACUGAAAUAAAAUAAUUAUUUGUACAACU